AUGCGGUCCAACGUCACAUCAGAGGCCAGCAUAGGUACGCACAUCCACCAGUGGUGGCUGGCCGUGCCUCUCAUAACAGCCUCAGUCUUCGCCGUCUGUGUGGCUGUGUUUGCGGUCGACCUACUGACUGGCUAUGACAGCUUUAGGGAGGUCUGCUUCUCGCCCUCCCUCGCCCUGCUGCACUGGCAAGUAUACCGCGCACUCACCUCCAUCUUCUUCCACAAGGGACUCCUCCACAUUGCACUCAACCUCUCCACACUCCUCCCUCUGGCGGCCCCUCUGGAGCGCCACCUGGGCUCACUGCGGCUGCUGCACGCGCUGCUGCUGCUCGCCUGCCUGAACUCCCUUAUCCACAGUGCCUUGGCGUUCAUGCCUGGAUUGCUGUUAGGGUGGUGGGGUUGGUGGGCUGGCGAGUGCUGCAUCGGCUUCUCCGGAGUGCUCUUUGCACUGAUCGUGCUGGACUUACAAGUCGGGGGGGGCAGAGACAGGAGCAUCUUUGGUUUCUUCACUGUGUCAACCGCAUGGUACCCUUGGGUCCUCCUUGUGCUGUUCCAACUGCUCCUCCCCUCCGCCUCUCUGCUUGGUCACCUAAGCGGCGUCCUCUCAGGGCUAGCAUAUGUUCGUGGCGCCUUCGCUAUUGUCACACCUUCUUCAGCCACAUUCAGUUCUCUGGAGUCAUCGCGAGCCCUGGCUUCUAUUGUGCGCCGGCCAGGGUUCAUCGCGGGAGGACAUCCCAUCACUACUGCUGCUCUAACCAGCCUUGGGGAUCUUUCCUCCCUGCGGCCAGCGAGCAUCAGCCAAUCGCUGCACGCCACGUGGCGAUCCAUGCAAGCAUCCGUAGCUCGUGUGCAGGACAGGUGGCGAUCGGUGGCUGCAGCAGUGCAGCAGCAGCAGGAGCAGCAAAGGCUAAUCCAACAGCAACAGCAGCAGCAGGGGGGAUACAAUCAGCAGCGCCAACACAUGUACAACCAGGGGCCUCUAUCGAACGUGCACUCGCUUUCAGCAAUGGCUGCUGCUAGUAAUCCAAACCCUUCGUUACAGUCACAGUCACAUGGGUGGGGGGGGCAGCCUGCGAGCCAAGAAAGCACGCUGCAACCAGCAACGGCCGCGGCUGAUCCUAGGUUCCCAGGGCGGGGCCGGACUCUAGCAGGCUCGGCAGCAGCACCAGGGGGACCAUCUAUAGCCGCUGCAGGAGCGGCAGCAGGAGCAGGAGGAACAAUGAGAGCAACAGGAGCAGGGGAGGGAACUGUGGCAGUGUCGGUGAUAGCCUCUCACGAUGCCCCCAACUACCCGCUCCCCAACGCUGCUGCUGCUUCCGCCAGUGCUGCUGCCGCCGCUGCUGCCCUGGGAAGAGCCACAGUCCUCUCUAGUGGCUGGGCUUAUUCCCCCAGCCAGGCCAGCCAUCCCCAGCAGAAUGAGCAGCUCUUGAGUGACCCCCACCACAUGCAUGGUACAGCCGAUGGUGCUGGCAGGAGCAAUGAUGGUGCUAGAGCGACAUCUGUGCGACAGUUGUGCGACAUGGGCUUUAACCAG